GAUAACCAAGAGAGCUGUUGCUGUAAAAUAUGACAUUAUCUUGAACAAUUCACAAGGUUUUCGGACCCUGCUGCCCAUUGCUUUUCCAUAUGUUCCGAUAAGGAGCCAAACAGCAGUUGUUUUGCGUGAAGGUGGGCUGAAGCUCUGCCCCACCAUCCGGCCUCUAGCCCCGCGCAUGACAUAGAUCGAUUCAACAACAAACCCUGCGUUUGCGCCAGCUUCGCUGCUUUCGACGUAAGUAGCCUGCUAGCCCCGUCAAUCCUCCCGGCAUCCAAAUCAGACUUAAUUCCCGCUCUACAUAACCCUAGCUUUUCUCUCGAUUGACAUACUGUUUAACCUUCUCUCCAACAUAGUACCCGACUCACACCACCAUGUCUCUCUCCAACAAGCUCUCUAUUUCCGACGUCGACGUCAAGGGCAAGCGCGUGCUCGUCCGCGUUGACUUCAACGUCCCCCUCGACGGUGACAAGAUCACCAACAACCAGCGCAUCGUCGGCGCCCUGCCCACCAUCAAGUACGCCAUCGAAAAUGGCGCCAAAGCCGUCAUCCUCAUGUCCCAUCUCGGCCGCCCAGACGGAAAGCCCAACCCGAAGUACAGUCUCAAGCCGGUAGUUCCCGAGCUCGAGAAGCUAUUGGGCAAGAAGGUCACCUUCACCGAGGACUGCGUCGGCAAGCAGGUCGAGGACACGGUUAAUGGCGCAAGCGACGGUCAGGUGAUUCUUUUGGAGAACUUGCGAUUCCACGCUGAGGAGGAGGGUAGCAGCAAGGAUGCGGAGGGCAAGAAGGUCAAGGCCGAUAAGGCGAAGGUCGACGAGUUCAGGAAGGGCUUGACGGCGUUGGGAGAUGUUUACAUCAACGACGCGUUUGGUACCGCCCACCGUGCCCACAGCUCCAUGGUCGGCGUCGACCUCCCCCAAAAGGCUUCUGGCUUCCUCGUGAAGAAGGAACUCGAGUAUUUCGCCAAAGCGCUCGAGAACCCCGCGCGCCCCUUCCUCGCCAUCCUCGGUGGCGCCAAGGUCUCCGACAAGAUCCAGCUCAUCGACAACCUCCUCGAAAAGGUGGACACGCUCAUCAUCUGCGGCGGCAUGUCCUUCACCUUCAAGAAGACGCUCGAGAACGUGAAGAUCGGAGACAGCUUGUUCGACGAGAACGGCGCCAAGACAGUCGGCGACCUUGUCGAGAAGGCGAAGAAGAACAACGUUAAGAUUGUGCUGCCCGUUGACUACAUCACCGCGGACAAGUUCAGCAAGGACGCGCAGACCGGUUACGCCGAGGACAAGGACGGCAUUCCCGAUGGCUGGAUGGGUCUGGACUGCGGCGAGAAAUCGGUCAAGCUGUACAAGGAGGCCAUCGACGAGGCGAAGACCAUCCUCUGGAACGGUCCCGCAGGUGUCUUCGAAUUUGAGAAGUUCGCCAACGGCACCAAGGCUACCUUGGACGCUGCCGUCGCCGCAGCACAGAGCGGCAAGAUUGUCAUCAUUGGCGGUGGUGACACUGCCACCGUCGCGGCCAAGUACGGUGUAGAGGACAAGCUGUCGCACGUGUCGACUGGCGGUGGUGCGUCGCUCGAGCUCCUCGAGGGCAAGGACCUACCUGGUGUGUCGGCACUGAGCAGUAAGUAAAGAUCAUGCUUGCUAUGGAAGUGGAUAGGCUCAAAAUAGAUCGCAAAGGGGUUUCUUCGAAGUUAUGAUAUAUGGUUCUGGCUCUUCUCAAGCUCGAUACAAGCGACUAGUACUUUUGACGUAGUCGAUGCAUGUUCAUCAUCGUGUGGGAGUGUUCAGCCCCGCUCCGAUCUAUGUCUUUCGCGGUCACAUUUCAUCCUGUCUCGUUCACACAUUUGAUAUCAUAUGCCCC